AUGUCACCAGAGACGGAGGCGACUGAACUACGCAAUAGGCUGCUAGCUACAAGAAAGCAGAGUACUAGCAACGAUUCAUCCAGAAGCAAUCGAAGAACACGCUCCGCAUCCGGCUCUCGAUCGCCACGGGGCCGUAAUCAGCGCCGCAGCGUGAGCCGGAGUAGAAGUCGUAGCCGCAGCCACGGACGCAGCAGUAGUGUAGACGUUCGGCGGGAUCCUCAGUCAGGAGGUAUUGCAAGCCGUGAAGCAGAGCGAAGAGGCGACGAAAGAGGGCGUUCUCGGAGUCAAGAUAACAGCGACCGCAACGGAGGACGUCAUUGGAGCCCAAGCCCAGGUAGACGGCCUGAUACCAGACGCAACCGCAGCAGGAGUCCAGUUCAAGAAUCCCGUGGACGCAGUGAUACUUAUGGGCGAGACUCAACCAGGGAUAGAGACAGGAAUUCCUAUAGAGAUGACCGGUACAGAGGGCGAGGUGCUCGGGAUUCUCGAUCACGAUCAAAGUCACCCACAUACAGGGCAAAUGACAGGAAUCAGCCCAAUCGACAGGAACGCAAUCCUUCGCCAUAUAACAAGGGGGAUCGAUACGGCCGGAGACAGAGUCCCACUUACGACAGCUAUCAGCCUGUCAGGCAUGAACAGAACCACAGCAGCAACGGUAACAGACAUGAAAACGGUACCGACUCUUCUAGAGACCGGUAUGACAGAGGAGGAGGCAAUUCUCGGGAUGAGUACAGAGGACGACGAUAUGAAGCUGAUCAUCGAAGAGAUGAUGUACGGGAUGGCGAGAGACGUGACGAUCGACCAUACAGAGGAGGGCGAAGACCGCAAGAGAUGAUGCCAGAGUUCUCUGACAACCGUCGAGAACAACGCCUUGCGAUCAAGUUUUCUAUCUGGGCUCCUUCUCCCACAGAGGAGGAACUUCAAAACAGGUCGCCGUCACCCGACAGAGAGGUCAAGAAGAAGCCAGCUUCGAAAGCUCAACGCAAGAAGCAUGAUUCCGAUAGUGGGUCAGACUCAGAGGACACGGAUGCUGGUCGUAAGCGUCGCCGCAAGUCGUCCAAAUCCAGCAAGCACAAACGAUCAAGUAGAUCUCAUCACACGAGCAGCAGUCGGAAGAGGGACAAACGCUCGUCCAAGAGGAGAGAUCGUAGCCCGACACCCUUGAGCGUGAGUGAAAGCGAGGAUCAGGUCCCUUCGCGAGGCAGCAAUCGUCGCCAUCGCAGCCGUGGCGACUCUCAGCGACGCGAGUCCGAAAUGGAAAUUGCCCAGUCAUCUUCAUCAGCGGCGGCGCAUGCAGGAUCGUCUGAGGCGGUGGAGGAGUAUCCGGACGAUAUGUGGGUGGAGAAGAAGAUCGAAAUGCCUGAUGAUGACCAGGAGGUGGGCCCUGUACCCCUGUAUCUCAACGAUGGCAAGAUGAAUGAACGCAGCUAUGGUGGUGCGCUACUGGCUGGUGAAGGUUCUGCCAUGGCAGCCUACAUUCAAGACGGAAAACGUAUCCCACGUCGUGGAGAGAUUGGAUUGGAGAGCGAUCAGAUCGAACACUAUGAGCAAGCGGGAUUUGUUAUGAGUGGAAGCCGGCACCAGCGCAUGAACGCUGUACGUGUCCGAAAGGAGAACCAGGUUAUUAGUGCGGAGGAGAAGAGAGCACUCAUGAUUUUCAACCAGGAGGAGAAGAUUAAGAAGGACAACAAGAUCAUCAACGAGAUGCGUGAGAUGGUCGCCUCCAAGCUGCGAUCGACAGGUCACUCUGUCUAA